AUGGCCAGAGUACUCGAGAUGAGAUCGCGGAGUGGGAGAGGAAGAUGGACUCAUCCAAAUUCGAGCUUGGCAGUGAGACACAGAGUCUCGAGACCGGGUUCAAAGGGAGACCGAUCCAAGAGAUGGCAGUAUCAACCUUCGAGAGCUAUCCGACCUUUCAGAUCUCGUGCCGUGGGCAGGCUAUGGCGCGGUGGGGCUUUGCCGGUGGGGACAGCUCCGGUGAUAUCGUCAGCAGAAGACGACCUUUUCGGUAGAGAAACUAAGGCCAAUAUCGAAGCAGCAGACAAGAAGCUCCGAGAGGCUGGGAUGGAGAGUGGUGGUGGAGAUGGGGAGAGUGUAUCCGGCGGGUCCGGUGGCUCAGGGGCUUCGAUGGUCGAAGAGAGUUCAUCAGCAUCGUAA